AUGACAGCCCUGGAGAUGGACAAGGUCCUUCUAGGGAUCCUGGCCCAGCUUCAGGCAGAGGUGGCAGUGAGGACCCUAGGAGCUUUAACCUCUCUGGGGCAUGGCCUUGCAGGCAGCGGGCAGAUCCAGCUGUGGCAGUUCCUGCUGGAGCUGCUCUCGGACCGAGCCAACCUGAACUGCAUCGCAUGGGAAGGCACGAAUGGAGAAUUCAAGCUGAUCGACCCCGACGAGGUGGCGCGCCGCUGGGGCGAGCGGAAGAGCAAGCCCAACAUGAAUUACGACAAGCUGAGCCGGGCCCUACGCUACUACUACGACAAGAACAUCAUGACCAAGGUCCACGGCAAGCGCUAUGCCUACAAGUUCGACUUCCACGGGCUGGCACAGGUGUGCCAGCCAGCCGCCCCCGAUCACACCCUCUACAAAUUCCAGGGCAACCUGGCCCCGCUGCCCUUCUCGGGCAUCUCCAAACUCAACCUCAUGACCUCAGGGGUCACGCCGGCCGGCUUCUCCUACUGGCCUGGCUCCAGCCCGUCGCUCUACCCUGGGCACAGCCUGCAGCCCUCAGCCCCCUUCAGUGCCAUGGCAGCCUCCCAUCUUAACAACAUGAACAACCACUACCAUUAGAGGCACGGGCGCACCAGGCGGCCCUCCCUGUACCUGGGCGCGUGGGGCUGUGCCAGGCU